UGCGCCUGCGCCUGCGCCACACACACCCCUCGACACCAAAGGUAAUAAUCAUCUCCAUCCCCUCUCCUCUCUUCCUCCCUCUCGGCCAAGAACACGCGAGGCAAGAACAAAUUUAGAGGAAGAGGAGAUGAUGAUCGUGUAUGUAAACUCAGCUCCUGAUCUAUCUAACCACGUAACUGCGACUGCGCGCAGGUUCCCGGAUCCUGUUCCAUGGGGCUUCUGGACCAGCUGUGGGACGACACGGUGGCCGGGCCGCGGCCGGACCACGGCCUCGGCAGGCUCCGCAAGUACGCCUCCUUCUCCCCGUCCUCCGCGGCGGCCGGCACGACCGCCGCGCCGUCGGCCGACCUUGCGGCGCCGGCCGUGACGCGGAGCAUCACCAUCCUCCGCCCGCCGGCCCUGUCCGUGACGUCCCCGCGCAGCGAGUCCGGCUCCGGCUCCGCGCCCUCGUCCCCGGCCAGCGUCCCCGACUCCCCCUUCGGCACAGCAACGACACCCAGGGGAGAGGGCUGGAGCAAGCUGCGCCGCAAAGGCAGGAUGGCCGCCGACGGGGCGGACGCCAGCCCCGGCACCCCCAGGAGCCCCACCGUCUACGACUGGGUGGUGAUCAGUUCGCUGGACCGCUAACCGUGAAAAAAGAAGAAGCAGAUCCACAAGACGGAGGAGAACUGCAGGAGCACAACGAGAGUAGCCGCAAACUACGUAUGACCGGAAGAUGGAACCCUGUCCCAGUAGUAUAUGCUAUCAGUUAUGUACUACUACUUCCGUUGUAAACUAAACAUCAUCCACUCCACGUGAGCUGGUGCUAGUUUUCGUAGCCAAGGAUGUGUGCCACCGCGUAGAUAGCUGAAGGAGAAGAGUUCGUAGUAGGCAACCGGCGACGUGCAACCACCUGAGGCGAAUGAGACCGAGAUGUGAAGCGUGUGUAAAUCCUACCAGUGGUAGAUGUAGAUGAAGAGGGGAUGCUGAGCUCUGGCCGUCAGGCUCUCCCCCUGCUGUUCUGUAGUCUGUACAAGGCCCGCGGGCAGCAUGUGCUGAUGCAUGCAGUGUAAAAUAUGUCUGCAAUAAUGCAUGGCUAAGUGAACCUCCACUCCUUUUGAUUA